AUGAAGUUUAUUUUUCAGUUGCAAAUAUGGGACACAGCUGGUCAAGAGAGGUUCAGAUCUAUAACACAGAGCUACUACAGAUCAGCACAUGCUCUCAUAUUGGUGUAUGACAUAUCUUGCCAGCCCACAUUUGAUUGCUUGCCUGAUUGGCUGCGAGAGAUUGAAGAGUAUGCUAAUAAUAAAGUGCUUAGGAUAUUAGUGGGUAAUAAAACAGACAGAGAAGACAGGGAGAUACCGAGGCAUAUCGGCGAGGACUUCGCUCAGCGGCACGGCAUGUACUUCCUGGAAACUUCAGCAAAGGAGGCUGAGAAUGUGGAGCGACUGUUUAUGGAGAUAGCUGUCGAACUGAUGGAGCAAGCAAAAUGCAAGGAGCUACCAAAAUACGACGGCAGUUUAGGACCCAUCAACGGGAAGACCACCUCAGUCGGUGACACUUCGUGCUGUCUGCGCUCGUAAACCUAACGAAUUUAUCUCAUUGAUUUUUAUUAUUUAUAAUGAUUAGAUUCCUUAUUCAUAAAAAUGUAAAACUUUUUUUUUUGUCUUGGAGUUCUACAGCAAAAGACGUGUAGAAGUUAUUUAAUAUAUUUAAAAUUUUAGUCCUUUUCAAAAAAGGAAUAGCUAGUU